UUACAGUCCUACUCUCACCACGUUUCAGAGGUUAAACAGUGUCAAAGUACGAUACGCCGUUAUUUGCCCCUCUAGACGUUUUAAUCUCUAUAUAAAACCCGUACAUGUGGGGUAGAUUCUGAGUUUGAAUCAGAGGCGAAAAACAGGCGAGUUUGGACGCCCUUGUUUCCAGUCGGACGGGAACCAGCGGCGCUCAGUCUGUCAGAGCUCUGGAGCUGAGAGGAACUCGGCGAGAAAACACAAAAUAAUGCAGGACCCAAACGAAGACACCGAGUGGAAUGAUAUUCUGCGGAGGAAGGGCAUCCUUCCUCCUAAAGAGACGCCGAAGGAGGAUGAGGAAGAGGAACAGAUUAUUCAGCAACCGUCCAUUGUGAAGACAUAUGAGAACAUGACCUUGGAGGAGCUGGAGGAGAAUGAGGAUGAGUUCAGUGAUGAGGAUGAGGUUGCCAUGGAGAUGUACAGGCAGAAGAGGCUUGCAGAGUGGAAAGCCAACCAGAUAAAGAAUGUGUUUGGGGAAGUGAAUGAGAUUUCUGGUCAGGAUUAUGUUCAGGAGGUGAACAAGGCUGGCAGCGGCAUCUGGGUGGUGUUGCACCUCUACAAACCAGGCAUCCCACUGUGCACGCUCAUAAACCAGCACCUUUCAGAAUUGGCCCGAAAGUUCCCACAGACAAAGUUCCUGAAGUCCAUCUCCACCACCUGCAUCCCCAACUACCCUGACAGGAACCUUCCCACAAUCUUUGUUUACUUCGAGGGAGAGAUGAAGGCCCAGUUCAUCGGCCCCCUUGUUUUCGGAGGCAUGAACCUGAAGUGUGAUGAGCUGGAGUGGCGGCUGGCAGAAAGCGGUGCAGUGAAGACUGACUUGGAAGAGAACCCAAGGAAGCAGAUCCAGGAUCAGCUGAUGACUUCCAUCCGCUGCUCGAUGCCCAGCCGCAGAGACAGUGAUGAAUCUGACGAGGACUGAGCCUCCAUCCCAUGGAGGUUGACGCAUGAAAACAGAACCGGACUUGGCCAAAUGCAUUUCUAAAGGUGCCAAGGAUUUUUCAUAUCUAAGGAGCCAAAUGCUCCAUGUUCCCCUCGACAACACAGCUGUUGUCAGAUUCGAAGAAAGUGUGAAAUGUUAGUGGUGCUGAACAGAGAUGAGUAUCAUGAAUGCACUCCUAUGUUUUUAUUCUCCUUGCCAUAUUUGGCGGAAGUGUUCCCUCUAAUGGUAAUGCUGAAGAACUGCUCUGAAACAAGGCCAGAAGAACUGCAGACUUCGGAGACAACAGGAUUUUUGAGUUGACACCAGGAAUACUAGAUAAAGAUAAAAUACAAAAUGAAUAUUUUAUUUAUGGCAUGUAUGUCAUUAUACAUGUUUCUCAUCAUUGUCUAAAUGGUUUUAUAUAAAUGUUAUCAUUGGCUGUCACCAUAAAAACACUUGAUUUAUGA